AUGAGUUCAACCAACAUUGUUUCGAAGAUUGUCAAAUCUAGUUUUGAUCCUGGUCUUCUACCUGGUAUAAUUCGCACAUCUCAAACAUUUAAUGUUUUAUUAGCCGAUCUGAACGAUUUUUUGGUUUAUUUGAAACAGAUCUGUGCAUUUAUUCUCGGUUUUACAUCUUUGAAUUCGAUCGACAUCAAUCGAUUCUUUGCUGAUCAAUCAUCAUACGAUUCGGUUGAAAGAUUCGUUGGUGAUAGUCGAUGUCAAGUCUUAUUCGUCUCGCAAAUAAAUCCAUUUACUGAAUAUUCAUCGUUAAUUAAAAGAGAUGUUAGUGCCGAUGUUUCAACAUCAAUAGUCACUUCAUCGUCUUCGUCGUCAUCGUUGAAUCUCUAUGAAUUGUCGAACGAAAUUUAUGAUAUUAAUCCUAAGUACUUAUCACUUGUUGUGCUCAAGCGGAGUCCAACGAUUGUCAAUGACAAAAACUAUCACAUACAGCUUCAAGUCAUCGAUUUUAUUGAUUCAAAUAAGCACAAAGUAUUAUUUGAUGAAUUACUCGAUAAACAACGUAUUGAUUUACCAGAAAUAAUCCUAAAAACACAUGCUAUUACUGCUCAAGAUAUUAAACAAUUGAUCGGUAAUGUUAUUCAAGAAUCUAUGGAUAAUAAAAACAAUGUACGAACUGCCAUUGAAAACCGAUUAAAUACUCCUGGUACUGUUCGACAAAUAGCCGAUCCAAAUUACAUAUUUCAACCAGGAGAAGAAUUCAAUGUCGUAUUUCAUACUCAAGGUUCAUAUAUGUGGUUUCAAGCCUGGCUGUCUCGAGCAUAUUCCGGUUGUCAGCAUGUUCUAACAAUUAUCGAACCUGCCGCUUUUGCUAUGAACAUUAUUGUAUAA